UUCAAUGCUUCAACAUUCGGAGCACUGGCUGACUUGCUCUAGCAAACAAUUUUGUAACAUUUGUUGCAGUUUUCUCAGUAUAGGUACAUGUUUGUGAUGUAUGGUGCAUCUAUAAGUAUUAAAGGCUUCAUGAGAAAGUAAAUUCGAUUGAAUAUACUCACUUCUUAUUUGAUAAAUAAAUAAAGAAAAGCGAUGUGUGCAGUGCAGCUAUCGUACUCUUAAUCAUGUACAGUGUAUGGGUUCACUAUAGUGUCUAUUGUAGUGUAUACCUAUAGGUAUGUUGAAAAAUGCCAGCAGUUCGCAAGUCCAUUUCAAGUUAUUCCGAGGGAGAAGGCGUAGACACAACGGACUCCCUGGAGAUAAAGCCGCCCCAGGCGGUGGUGCGCCAUCGAAAGGCGACAUCCUCCCAUCGGCGGAACAAGCACUCGGACCGUAGCAGAGAGGACAAGGAGCGCAGCGUCAAGUUAUCGUCAUCGUCAUCGUCGACGUCGAGACAUCACGGGGAAAGAGAUGACACCAGUAGAUAUGUUCGAGACAGUGGAGGCACGAAACACAGCAAGCAUCGNUGCAGUUUACGCUUAGUUACAGGUUCACAGGUACUGCUGUUGCAUUUAAUGGAAUAA